AAAACUAGAGUCUAAAUCAAGCAAGUCAUAUCUUUAGCUAUGAAAUCUGGACAUGAUACUAAAACUAACGGGAACUUGAGAACAAAUCCUUCCACCUCAAUACUUGGAGAAGGAGAUGAGGGUUCUGCUACAACAUCCCAAAAGCUAAAUCACUCCACUUCAUCAUCUGAAUCGUCCUCUGAGUAUUGCUUUCAACUCACUGAAAGUGAAACAUUUCCCUUAGUCUCUUUUGUCUCCCAAACAGAAGAUGAGGACAAUGACGUAACACCAAUUCAGACAAUUGUAAACACAGGACAUGGAAAUGAACAUGUGAGCAGAAGCAGUUGUGAUUCUUUCAGGACUAAUAACACUAGAUCUUCUAUUGAAUGUUUCCCUAAAGUUGCAUUCAAGAUCUCUGCAAGCCAACUUGAAGAUUAUGCAAUGGCGCUGAAAAAUCGUAGUGAAGAAGAGAUGCGAGCCAACUCUAGGCCUGGAAGUAAGCAAUUGAGUUAUGAUUCAAUAGGAUCCCCUUUGAAGCCAGAGAGUAGAAAUAGCUCAACAACACAGUUUCCUCCAACUCAAGUGAUGGAGAGACCUGUUGGUGGUGAUAACAACUCACCUGGUUAUAGGAUUCCAGACUAUGUCUUUGCCAGGACAAAAUCCACAGCUCCAAUGGAGUGGAGUACUGCAUCCAAUGAAUCCCUCUUCAGCAUUCACAUGGGGAACAUGAGUUUUAAUAAAGACCAAAUGUCAUGGGUAAGUAAAUCAGAAGAGCUUGGGAAAACUGGUGAGUUAACCAAUAACAGACCUGUUCAAAGUGCUCAAAACAAUUCUCAAGCCACUGAAGCAAAAGCUGCUGAAAUAAUGAGAGAAGUCAUAAGGGAAAGUGCAGAGAAUUGGGAUAAGGAUGGUGGUGCAUCUUCUCCUAACAAGAAAUCAGCCAAGAUCUCUCACCAACAAAAUGAAGGCACCCAAUCUUUUGCAUUUCCAAGAUUGACAGGAGAAACUGCAUCACUAAAGAAAGGAGGAGGAGAAGAAAAACAAACGCCAAAAUCGGGGGUAGAGACACCUAAAUCAACAUCAUUUAUGGCAGGUGGGGCUAAAGGAGUUUUUGAUCAGCAUAGCAAAUGGUUAUCAUGCUUCUGUUGUUUCCGACCAUUUUGUUGUUGAGAUCCCAAGAAAGAAGUGUAGAAUAGCUAGCAUAGUUUUCAGACAUCCCAUGUUCUUGUACCAUAACUUUGUUAAACUAAAUAGCCAUUUUUUAUGGG